CACCUGCAGGUUCUGCUUGCAUUCACACCUGUUUAACAAACCAUGAGAUGCCCCAUCAAGAGGCCCUUUCUAAACAGACACAGAGUUUUUACAUUCCUCCAGACAUCAAAUUCCUUUUUCAAUAGAGCGGCUUACACUUUCCCAUCUUCCCAAGGAGACAUCGCAAGGGGAACAACUGGAAAAGUGAGAGCACCUGAAAAGAGACAGAAAGAGGAUCUUGCCACAAAGGAGAUGUGGAGGGGAGAGGAGCAAAAGUGGCCAGAGAUUUCCCUGAAGCCGAGAAGGCUCCUUCGGAUCCAACAAAGAAGCCACUGUUCCGGUGGAAUGUGCAGGAUGGUGACCGAGGCCCUGCGUUGCUGGGAAAUGGAACAGUGUUUGGGGAGGGAGAAGCGACUCGAGGGAGGCCUGCCCCGAAUCCUCCCUAUCGCGGAAUGGAGACUGCUUCUGUGCAAACAGAGCAGGAUCUGGUGACUUUUGAGGAGGUGGCUGUGCAUUUCACCGAGGAGGAGGAGUGGGCGCUGCUGGAUCCGGGCCAGAGGGCUCUGCACCGGGUUGUCAUGGAGGAGAAUUACGGGAACCUGGCUUCUCUGGUUGAUGGGAUUGAAAGCAAUCACAGUGGCAAGCAGCUAAGACUGAAAGUUGAGGAUGAAGAGAAGUGGGGAAACACAUCCAGUUGUUAUGAAGGGACCAACUUCCAACAGCAUCCGAUCCCAGAAGAAUCUUUUGAAGCAAAUAAAAUGAAUACUUAUAAUCAGGAGAAACUGUGGAAGCACUCUGAGCGUGGAAAGAGUUUUACUGAGGAGAUGCAUCUUAGCAGCUAUCAAAAUGUUCAUACGAAACAGGAACCCUUUCAGUGCUUGGAAUAUGAAAAUCAGUUCAGCUACAGCUCAGACCUUAACUGUCGUCAGAGAAUCCACACAGGUGAUGAGCUCUAUACCUGUUCCGUGUGCGGAAAGACUUUACUUAAAAGCAUAAACCUGAAGGUGCACGAAAGAAUCCACACAGGUGAGAAACCGUAUCAGUGCUUGGAAUGUGGAAAGCGAUUCCGUUAUCGCAUAACCCUUAAAUCCCAUCAAAGGAUUCACACAGGGGAAGAGCCAUACAAAUGCUCCUUUUGUGGAAAGACUUUAGUUCACAGAAGGAGCCUCCAGAUACAUGAAAGAAUUCAUACGGGCGAGAAGCUGUAUAAAUGUUUGGAGUGCGGGAAGUGUUUUAAUUGGAGCUCGAACCUUAAAACCCAUCAGAGAAUCCACACCGGUGAGACGCCCUAUCAAUGCUCUGAGUGUGGAAUGAGCUUCAGUGAGAGCAGAGCCCUUAAAAUUCACCAAAGAAUCCACACAGGGGAGGAACCCUAUAAAUGUUUAGAGUGUGGGAAAGUUUUACGCAACAAGAGAAACCUGAAGCUGCACGAAAGGAUCCACACAGGCGAGAAGCCCUACAAAUGCUUGGAGUGUGGGAAGAGUUUCCACUGGAGCUCGCACCUUAAAUCCCACGAACGGAUCCACACAGGGGAGAAGCCCUAUAAAUGCUUAGAGUGUGGGAAGGACUUCAUUGAGAGCGCAGCCCUGAAAACCCAUCAACGGAUUCACACUGGAAAGAAGCCGUAUCAGUGCAUGGAGUGUGGAAAGAGCUUCAGUUUCAGCGCCCACCUCAAAAGACAUCAAAUGAUCCAUAUUACAGAGUAGCAUUAGAAAUGCUCUGUGAGCUGGAAAAGAUUCCACGAGGGCAGAUGCAUGAAAUCAUUACAAAUAACUUUCCUGGGAAGGAACUCGCUAAAUCCUAACAAUUUCUGGACCUUUGGAGAACUUGAAAUGGAGUGUGAGCCUUCACUUUAAAAAAUGCAAGCACAAGAGAAAGCAUAGUCAGUUAAUAAAAAGUUUGGUCGAUCCUA